AUGAAUAAUUUUUCCUCCCAGUCUGAAACCAACAUUUCCUGCACUGAGGUGUAUGUUGGUUGCUACAGCACAGGACACCACGGGCACAACAGGUCAGCUCCACAACUGAUUCCCAGGUUCUACAUUGCUGUGCCCAUCAUUUACUCUGUGAUCUGUGCCGUAGGUCUCACAGGCAACUCUGCUGUUAUUUAUGUGAUCCUAAAAGCUCCCAAAAUGAAGACAGUGACCAACAUUUUCAUCCUAAAUCUGGCCAUUGCUGAUGAGCUUUUUACUUUGGUUCUUCCCAUUAACAUAGCAGACUACUUGCUGCUUCAGUGGCCUUUUGGCGAAUUCAUGUGCAAACUGAUUAUCUCCAUAGACCAAUACAACACAUUUUCAAGCAUUUAUUUUCUAACUGUCAUGAGCAUCGAUCGAUAUCUGGUGGUGGUUGCCACUAUCAAAUCAAAGAAAAUAUUCUAUCGAACCUAUAGGGCUGCCAAGCUGGUGAGUGUUUGUGUGUGGUUUUUUGUCACAAUAAUUAUCUUGCCCUUCAGUAUUUUUGCCAAAAUACAUACUGAAGAGGGGCGAUCCCAGUGUGUAUUUGUCUUUCCUAACCCAGAGGGCUUCUGGUGGAAAGUGAGUCGCCUCUACACCCUGAUUAUGGGUUUUGCCAUCCCAGUGUCCACCAUUUGCAUCCUCUACAGCACCAUGCUUUACAAACUACGGCACAUGCACCUCCAUAGCAAUGCUAAAGCCUUGGACAAAGCCAAAAAGAAAGUGACUGUAAUGGUGCUGGUUAUCUUGGCUGUGUGCCUGUUUUGUUGGACCCCCUAUCACCUCAGCACUGUGGUAGCUCUCACCACAGACAUCCCACAGACCCCUCUGAUAAUUGGGAUCUCCUAUUUCAUCACCACACUGAGUUAUGCUAACAGUUGCCUCAACCCAUUCCUUUACGCUUUUUUAGAUGAUACUUUCCGGAAGAGUUUCCGCAAGUUGAUUGAAUGUGGGACUUCCUCAUAA